UUCUGUGACCUCAUCAUAUCAAGUAAGCUACCUUAUGUGUACUAUUUAUACAGUGGUUCAUUAGCCAGUAGGUUACAAGAAAAUCCUUUUCACGACCACCAUUAUAUUGAUCGAGAUGAGAGGAUUGCAGGCCGCCGUGCUGUUCACGGCGGUGGCGGCGGCGGCGGCGCCGACGAACUGCACCACCCGCUGCGGCGACAUCAGCUUCGAGUACCCGUUCGGCGUGGAGCCCGGCUGCUACCACCCAGGCUUCAACCUCACCUGCAGCAGCAACGACACCAGGCUGUUCAUGGGCGACGGCACCGUGCAGGUGCUCGACAUCUCCAUCCCCAACUCCACCUUGCGCGUCAACGCCACCGCCAUGGCGUUCGACCCCGCCGACGACGUGCAGCGCGGCGUCAUCAACGCGACGACGACAUGGCGCGCCGCCGCCGCCGCCGACGACGACGGGGGCCCGUUCGUCGUGUCGAGGCGCAACACGAUCGCGCUGAUGGGAUGCAACGCCCGCGUCGACCUCCGCGGCGGAGACCGCCGCCACAGCGACAACCUGGUCAGCUCCUGCACCGCCGUCUGCCCACCGGUCGGCGGCGGCGACGACGCCGCGGCUCACGACGACGGCGACGGCGGCGACGGCCACACCAUCGCGAUCAUCGACGCCUGGAACGGCAAGUGCUCCGGCGUCGGCUGCUGCCAGGCAAACAUCAUGCUGGGCUACCCUUCCUACACCAUCCAGAUCAAGCAGCUGCAGGAGAAGAACCUCCAUAGCUUCGACUUCCAGUACAUCGCCUACAUCACGGACGAGACGCUGAAUUUCACGGAAGAGAUCGCCGGCCGCAUCGCCACUCCGGCGGCGCUCCCGGCCACGCUAGACUUUGUGAUCAGAAGCAACUCGUCGUGUUCGACGCCGGCGAACUCGACGGCCGGCGGCGAGUGCCGCAGCGAACACAGCUUUUGUGAGGAUUACAAGGGUGGUGGUAAUACCCUCCUUGGGUAUAGCUGCGUCUGCUCGGAGGGUUACCGAGGAAAUCCCUACGUUGCUGGUGGAUGCCAUGAUAUCGAUGAAUGUCAUUCCCCUGGCUACUGUUAUGGAGAUUGCAAGAACACAGAAGGAGGGUAUCUUUGCCAGUGUCCUCUCGGCUUAACGGGCAAUGCUUCAAUUCCAAAUGGAUGUAAAGACAUUGAUGAGUGUAUGCACCCGGAAUCUUACUCAUGCUAUGGACAAUGUGUGAAUACGUUUGGGAGUUUUCAAUGCCAUUGCCACAGUGGAACCGAGGGGGAUCCAACAAUAAGAGGAGGGUGUAUUAAGAUCAAGCAUUCUGUGUCAAGUACCAAUAUUGUACUCCCUCCAUCAAAGAAUACAAUCCAAGCAUUCAAAUCUUAUAAAGAAGAUUACAAUUAUAGAGUACUACUUUCUAUCCAAACACCUCUCGUUCAAAUUUUCUCCAUCUUAGCCCCAACCACCAUCCCACUCCCAACCACCUCUUAUUUACUACAAGACAUCUAAGAUAUUUUCCUUUCCUACUAGUUUGUCUUUUGAAUGCUAUGAUUGUAUUACUGUUAGGACAAAUGGAGUAACAAACACACACACACACACACACACAUAUUACUUAUUUAUUUAUGUAUGUUCUUGAUCCAAAUUCUUGAAUUCUUUCCUUUACGAAUUUUCAGGUUUAACAAUUGGUUUGGGAGUUAGUGGUGGCAUAAGUAUUUUAAGGAAAAGGCUAUACGUACUAACUUUUUUUUACUAAAUUCUUACUAACACUGAUGUGUCAUGCUAUGAGUCCAUCUAGAUUUUUUUAUAACUUCCAUCUACUUAAAUCAAACGGUUGAGAUGAUUGUUAGUAAAAGUUUAGUAAGAAAAAUUUAGUAUGUGUAGCAUUGCUCGUAUUUUAAUUAUGGCACUUUCUGCACCUUUCAUAGUACAGAAAAUAAAGCUACAUAAGGUGAAAAGGAUGAAAGAGAUAUUUUUCAAGCAAAAUCAUGGGCUACUCCUGCAACAAUUGAUGUCACAAAAUGCAAAUAUUGGUGAAAGAAUGAUAUUGACCUUACGGGAGCUAGAAAAAGCAACGGACAAUUUUGAUAAAACUCGUGAAGUUGGUGGUGGAGGACAUGGCAUUGUAUACAAAGGAAUUUUAGACUUGCAUUUUGUUGCCAUUAAAAAAUCAAGGAUUGUAGUGCAAAGAGAAAUAGAUGAUUUUAUAAAUUAAGUUGCAAUCCUUUCCCAAGUGAAUCAUAGAAAUGUGGUGAAGCUUCUAGGAUGUUGCCUUGAGACAGAAGUUCCAUUGUUGGUUUAUGAAUUCAUUUCAAAUGGAUCUCUUGAUGAUCAUCUUCACGUCGAUGGACCUAUAUCUCUAUCAUGGGUGGACCGAAUAAGGAUUGCACUUGAAGUUAGUAGAGCCUUGGUCUAUCUACACUCAGCCGCAACAACACCAAUAUUCCAUAGAGAUAUCAAGGCAUCUAACGUACUUCUUGAUGAUAAUUUAACAGCAAAGAUAUCAGACUUUGGAGCUUCAAGGUACAUUCUAAUUGAUCAGACUGGAGUGACUACGGUUGUUCAAGGAACAAUUGGUUACCUAGAUCCCAUGUACUACUAUACCGGUCGUCUAACCAACAAAAGUGAUGUUUUUAGUUUUGGUGUUCUUCUUAUAGAACUACUUACCCGAAAAAAGCCUAUCUAUAGGACUGAUAGAGGUGAUAGUCUUGUUCCACAUUUUGCCUCACUACUGGAAGAAGGCAAAUUGGUUGAAAUAAUAGAUCCCCAAGUCAAGGAAGAGGAGAAUGGGGAGGUUGAAGAAGUAGCAACACUAGCGGCAAUGUGUACUAAGUUGAAUGGACAAGACCGACCAACAAUGAGAGAAGUGGAAAUAAGGCUUGAAAACUUGCGAGCUAAAACCAAACAUGCUCCAUAUAAUAAAGAACCAAGUAGAUAUGAAGUAUCCCGAGUUGCAGGGCAUUGCAUAUCAGCUAGAGGGGACAUCGAAGAAGUACUAAUAAGUAGACACAGCAUGGAAGAUGAGAUGUUGUCGUUAGAAAGGUAUCCUAGAUGAUAUCGUGUUUCCGCGUCUCUAAUCGCCAUAAUAUUGUUUAGUAGAGGAAUAUAUUGCUACUUUCUACAUUUUUUUUCCUUUGUGUAAUGCUCUUUUGUAAAAAGAAGAAAAUGCCAUGGCUUUGUUUCAUGUUACAAAAAGGACUAAGGCCACUCUGUAUACAUUAAUUGGAUUUGAAAGAUCUAUGCACUAGAGUUGCCUUGUAAGGGGAGAUUGGAA